AUGAUGAAUGAAAACAAAAAGUUAGACAUUAUUCGGAAUAUGUUAAACACAUUACUGGGAUCCCCAGAUUUUGAAAUAAAAAAUAAAAAUGGCGAAACAAAUAAAAAUGGCGAAACAAAUAAAAAUGGCGAAAUAUAUAAAAAUGGUGAAAUAUAUAAAAAUGGCGAAACAAAUAAUAUGCUAAAAAAAAAAUAUAUAGAUAAAUCAAAAAAGGUUAUAUACUUUUAUAGAAGUUAUAUGAAUAUAUUAGAACAAAAAGAGUUAGAAAAAUUUUCAAAUUUGUAUGAUAUAAUAUUAAAUAAUUCUUUUGAUGAUUCUGAAAAAAAUAACAUAGAUACAUAUAUGUAUUGUAAUAUAUUUCCUGUUUUAAAAAAAACUUUUGAUUCAUUCGUUUUAUAUAUAUCUAAAUUAAUAGAACACAAACAUGAUGACAGUUAUAGCAAUAUAAUUAAAAAUCUGAAUCCAAUUUUGUUAUUCUCUCAAUAUAUUAUACGUUUAAGUAAUGAUAUUUAUUCUGAAUCGGAUAUCUUAGAUAACGAUAAUCAAUUUGAUAUUAAAAUAGACAAUAAUUUAUUAGAAAACCAAAAUAGUAUAUUAAUUAAUAAGAUAAAUAAUAAUAUAAAUAAUAAUAUAAAUAAUAAUAUGAAUGAUGAUACUAUUAGUGGAAAUUAUAAUAAUACAAUUUUUUUUGAAAAUUCAAAUUCUAAAACAGAAGAAACACAUUUUGAAAAAGAAAUACAAAAUUUUUAUAGUAAAUAUGAUAUAUUAGAAUAUAAAAAUAAAUUAAAAGAAAAAGAAGAAAAAAAAGAAAUAUUAAAAAAUAUUUAUCGUAAAAAAAAUUUAUUAUCUCAAGAUGAUAUAUCUUUAUAUAAUGCAUAUUAUGAAAAACAUAUAAAAUUGAGAAAAAAUAAUUCUCAAAAUUUAUUUAAAUUAACAGAUGUAGAACAAGAUAAUAAGUUCGAAAUUGAUACACAUCGUAAUUCAUUUACCAUUUCGUUAGAUAUGAAAAACAGGAAAAGUGUUAAUGCCCAAUUUGAAAAAAAGACAACGGAAUUGAAAAAAAAACAAAAUAACGAAACAACAGAAAUAGAUUCUACAAAUUUAAACAGUUUUAAUGAAAUAAUAAAUAAAAUUGAAAAAAAAGAAAGUUGUGAUUUUGAAAAAAAAAUAUACACAUUACUUAAUAAAUGGAUAAAAGAAGAAGAUGGAAGAAGAUUUAUAAUAAAACAAAAAUCUAAAAUAGAACCACUUUUUAAUGAAUUUAAAAAAAUAAAUCAUACAAUAACAGAUAAAGAUAUUAUACCUUUAAUAUUUUUUAUAGAUAAAAAUUUAUAUUUAAAUUAUUCAUUAGUUAAUCAAUAUAAUUAUAAUCGUUUUUAUUAUAUUUUUCAUUUAUAUUCAUCUUUUUAUUGUUCGGAUACUAAUAGCAUAACAUUUAAUGAAUUAUGGAAAUUUAUAGUUUCUAAUUUACCAUUAAAUAAUUAUUUAUAUAAAAAUGAUAUUAUAAUAGGAUUUAAAAAAUUUGAAAAAAGAAAAAAAAUCAUGAAAAAUUUCCAUUUUGUUAUAUCUUUCAUAAAAAAUUUUUUAAUACAUUUUUUGAUAGACAUAUUUUUAUUUAUCUCUAAAAUUAUAAAAAAUGAAAUUAAUUCUGCAAUUUUUUUUGAUACUCUCCAAACAAAUCACAAUAAAAUAAAUUAUUCUGACAAUUUCUAUCUCUACAUAAAUUCUUUAUCUCGUUUUUACUCAUCAUCUAGUACCUCUUCUAAAUUAUCAAAAACAGAUAUGUCAAUUACACAAACAAUAUUAGAAAAUAAUUUAAAUAUUAAUCAAAAUAAAAUUUCAGCUGAAGAAAAAGACGAACCAUCUAUAAACCCCGAUGCCAACAAUUCGAUGAGUAACCAAAAUGAAAAAAAAAAAAAUGAAAAUAAUGAAAAAAAAAAUGAAAAUGAAAAUAAUGAUGAUGAUGAUGAAAAAAGGAAAAACAUAUUAACACAUUUAUUGCUCCUUUUAUGGGGUAUUACCAUUAAAUUAAAUAUCCCAUCUGACGAUUUUAUAAUAUCAGAUAAUAUAUCAACAGAUGUAGAUGGAGAAAUAAAUGAACAAUUUUCUGAAUCCUCAAUUAGUAGCUUAAACAACGAAAAAAAUUCUAUAAACAAAAACCUAAAAAAAUGUACAUCUACAGAAGAAUGUCAAGUAAAAGAUACAGAAUUUCAAAAAAGAAUCAAAAAUAAAAAAAUGAGAAAAAGACAAAAUAAAUGCAUAAUAACGAAUGGUCACACAUACCAAAGUGAUCAUAACAUCAUAUGCAAAAAAAAUGGAAAAAAAAAUGGAAAAAAACAAAUUUCUUCUAAAAUGGAAAAACGAAAAAGAGCCUUAUCACUAAAUUCGGAAUAUACAAAAUGGAAAAAAAAAGACAGAAUAUGUAAAACAAUUAAAGAACAAAUUCAAAAUAAAAAUAAAAUAAAUAUAGAUACUUUAAAAGAAAUAAAAACUAAAAAAAAUGAAAAAUAUUCUCACUAUUUAUAUCAAAUACAAAAAAAAUACAAAAAAAAACGUUAUAAUGAAAAAAUAACAACAUUAAUACAUUCCAUUGUAAAAUAUAUAAAACCAAAAACAAAAAAUUAUUACGAUACUAUUAUUAAUACAGUAAGCAAAGAUAUGGACCACGUUUUUAUAAGCAUAUUUAACGAGGAAAAUGAGGAAAACGAAAAAAAUGAGGAAAACGAAAAAAAUGAGGAAAACGAAAAAAAUGAGGAAAACGAAAAAAAUGAGGAAAACGAAAAAAAUGAGGAAAACGAAAAAAAUGAGGAAAACGAAAAAAAUGAGGAAAACGAAAAAAAUGAGGAAAACGAAAAAAAUGAGGAAAAUGAACCAAACGAACCAAACGAACCAAAUGAACCAAACGAACCAAACGAACCAAAUGAACCAAACGAACCAAACGAACCAAAUGAACCAAAUGAACCAAACGAACCAAAUGAACCAAACGAUGAUGCCACAUCUCCACCAACUCAUUUGGUAGACAUUUUAAAGGAAAAAAAUAAUAUGCUAUAUAUAAAUAGUUUUGUACAAACUAAUAUUAUAAAAAAAAAAAAAUGUAUAAAUCCGAUCCUUAUUUUGUGUAACUUGAAAUUAUAUAAAAAGAAAUUCCUUAACAAAUUUAAUACGGACCAUAUUUAUUUAUUAUUAUAUUUUGUCUAUUAUGUAAAUAAAAGAAUGAAUGAAAUUAUUAAUGAAGAAUUUAAACCCUCGAGAGAAAACUAA